AUGCGUUUCUCAUUGCUCUCUAUCCUCGCUCUUGCGCCUGCCACAUUUGCGCUAGUCCUCGAUACGCCCGUUAUGAAAUCGCGUCGGACUUGGGACCUGACAUGGAGACUUGACACGGAGGAUGUCGGCUUCUUCCUUACUCGAGACUUCAAAACAUUCGACUUUAUCGGUGUCGCUCCGGCUGAGCCAGAAAAGGCUACUGUUAGGGUACCAAGAGAGUUGCUUCGUCCAGGUGAUGUUUGGCUGGUCGCAUACACCAACGAUGGUAGAGGCCCAAUUGGAUAUAGUGAGAAGUUCACUCUGGAAUAA